AGAUAACUUUGUUUCAUUAAGCAUUGUAUUAUCAUAUUUGAUAAACACAGCAGAAUAUAUAGGUGAAUUGAGCAGAUAGAGAACGAUUCAAGAAUGUGUAGGUCUCAGAGAUUCUCUUUUGGUUUUGGUUUUUUGGUGGGUCUGGCUUUGAUUUUGAUCCCCACAACUCAUGCCUGGAGCAAAGAGGGUCACAUUUUAACUUGCCAGAUUGCACAGAGUCUAUUAGAGGAGGAGGCUGCAGAAGCUGUUGCAAAUUUGUUACCCCAGCACGUUGAAGGAGAUUUAUCCGCACUCUGUACAUGGCCGGACCAAAUCCGGCAUUGGUACAAAUACCGCUGGACAAGUCCCCUCCAUUUCAUAGACACACCCGACGGUGCCUGCGACUAUGACUACGAAAGGGACUGCCAAGCCAACGGCAUCGAGGGCAUGUGUGUGGUCGGAGCCAUCCAGAAUUUCACCACACAGCUUCUCCACUACCAAGAAGGAACCUCCGAUCGCCGCCAUAACAUGACAGAGGCUCUGUUGUUCCUGUCACAUUUCAUGGGAGACGUCCAUCAGCCAAUGCAUAUUGGGUUUACAAGUGAUUUAGGAGGAAACACCAUUGAUUUGCGUUGGUUCAGACGCAAAUCCAACCUGCAUCAUGUAUGGGAUAGGGACAUUCUUCUUCAAGCCCUGAAAGAUUACUAUGAUAAGGAUUUGGACAGCCUGUUGGAAGCCAUUUCCGGAAACAUCACACAUGGGAUCUGGGCUGAUGAUGUAUCUUCAUGGGAAAAAUGUGAUGAUCUUCUUCCUUGCUUAAACCAGUAUGCUUCAGAGAGUAUUAAAAUUGCUUGCAAAUGGGGUUACAAAGGAGUAAAUCCCGGCGAUACUCUCGCAGAUGAAUACUACAAUUCGAGGAUGCCGAUUGUCAUGAAACGAAUUGCUCAAGGAGGAGUAAGAUUAGCCAUGAUCUUGAACGCAGUAUUUGGUGACUCACAAGAAGGUUUUGCAGCAGCAACAUGAACAAAUCCAAGAAAUUAAGAACACCUAGAAAAAAAUUAUACUAGAUUAGGGAGAUUCUGUUGCUUAUUAAGCCAUAGAAUCACCAAAUCUAACUUGUUUGUUCAAAUAACCAUCUCCCCUGUAUCAAACUCUGUUGUAUAUUGUAAUCUACAGCCCAAAUAAUUCCGUACAAGAAUC